AUGGAUAAUCCUUGCAAAAUGCAGAAAUACGAUAGUUUUACUAAUAGUAGGCAAGUACGGAUUUGGAAAGCAGAAGGCCAAAAUGCCAUUGAGCAAUCACAUAUUUGCUUGCUAAAUGCCAAUACAGUGGGUUGUGAAGCACUCAAAAAUACGAUUCUUCCAGGAAUUCGUGAGUUUACUGUAAUUGAUGCAUCUGUGGUAGAUUUGAAACAUGAUGGAUCCAACUUCUUUGUGCAGUACGAUCAAGAAGGACAGAGUCGAGCUUUAUGCACUGGUACCUUAUUACAACAGUUGAAUCCCUCGGUAGAAAUGAACUAUCAACAAAUGGAGCCUGAGAAACUAAUUGAAGAAGAUAUUGAGUUUUUUUCAAGGUUUACAAUCGUUUUUGCUUCGAAGCUAAAAUUGAAUGCUAUGCUUCGACUUGAAGCUUUCUUGAGAUCCAAAGGAAUCCCUCUCAUUUACUAUAAUUCUAUCGGGUUCGUAGGUAUAAUUCGAAUCUCUGUCCCCGAAUAUACAACCGUUCAGUCUCAAUCGGAGGUCCCUUUAGAUUUACGACUUCGAAAUCCUUGGCCUGAACUAAUAGAUCAUGUACGCUCCUUGAACGUUAGUCAGAUGGAUGGAACAAAAAGAAAUGAGCUCACGUAUAUUGAACUUCUAAUUCAUUAUAUGCUGCAGUUUGAAGCAUUGCAUCACCGGAAACCAGAAAAUUCAGAUGACAGGAAAGUUUUACAGGGCAUGAUUCGAAAGGAUAUAAAUGGACAAGCUUCUGAAAAUUACGAAGAAGCGCUAUCAAGCUAUUGGAGAGUUUUUCAAGAGUAUAAGAUACCUUCUAAUGUGAUGGAAGUAUUGCAGGAUGAGAAAAGUCAAUUCAUUAACGAAAAGUCUACCGAUUUUUGGGUAAUGUGUCAUUCUUUAAAAUGCUUUUAUGAAGAAAAAGGCACUUUACCAUUGUUAGGUACACUUCCAGAUAUGCACUCGAACACUCAGCGUUACUUGAGUAUAAAGCAUUUGUACAACGAAAAAUAUCUUGUUGAUUUUGCCGCUUUCAAAAUAUUUGUUCAACGGACAUUACAGUCUCAAAACAGACAUGUGGAUGAUAUACCAGAAGUUAUCAUAAAAAGAUUCUGCAAGAAUGUUUUAAACAUAAAAUUCCUUCGGUACAGAUCAAUACAAGAGGAACUUGAGUCUCCCAAACAUCUCGAUUCAUUUCUUUCUGACGAAAACUCUCUUAUUCCUUGGUAUUUUGCAUUUCGAAUCUCAGAGCAACUCUUAAGUUCUCCCACACAAUCAUCACUAGAAAAAGAAUCUCCAGUCGUUAAGUCCUUAGUGGACACUCUCUUUGAAAAGUAUUCAUUAAAACAAGAAUAUAAAAAGAAAGUUCUAAAAUGCAUUGAUGAACUGUCUCGAGCGUCUGAUUAUGAAGUUCAUCCAGUUUCCUCUCUAGUAGGUGGAAUUGCUGCUCAAGAAGCGAUUAAGAUUCUUACAAAGCACUAUCUACCUCUCAAUCACACUUGCAUUUUUGACGGAGUCCUUAGCAAAACUGAAACAUUCAAUAUUUAG